CCACUGAAAUUAGUAAUGUCGAAUCUGUGGCUCUUUUCUCCAGUCAUUGGCAGGUUUUUGGAAAGGAGUCCUACUACAAAUGCUCUAGUAAGGACAACUGUAGCCGUAACCAUGUUUAAUGCUGGAGUUAAGGUGAAUGUCAUCCCCCCUGCUGCAGAGGCUUGUGUAAAUCUCCGAAUACAUUCAGCACAGUCAUUACAAGAGGUCAUGGAUCUUAUCCGAUCCACGAUUGCGGAUCAGCGUGUGAAGAUAGAAACUCCUUCAUGGAUUCGACCCUCUGCCUGUCAGCUCCUAUGAUGACAUGUCCUUUGGUUUCCAGAUCAUUAAAAAAAACCAUAUUAGACAUAU